GGGGUUUGUGUGUGCAAAUAAAUUCGUGUGUUGUUUGUUGACGAAUGGUCAGUAUCGCGCGGGACUCAGUAACAGCCGGUCGCGUUCUGCCGGUUCGUUUUUGUUUCGGAAGAGUUUGUGAGGAUUUCAACGAAUAAUCGAGUCUCGAACUGCUUCAAUCAAGAGUAUGUAUUGAUUUUAAUGAUUUAUUCGAUCGUCAAGUAGUGAAGGAUAUUCUCAGUAAAUCGUUGACUCAUUAAUUUCGGGUUUUGGAAGGGAAAUGUUAUUGUGUAAGUGUCGAGUACUCUUUGUCUUUGGGAAUCCAUUUUUGUUGUCGUGAAUACUGCGGUUGGAUAAAAACACCUUGCGAGUGAAAUAAUCGACGAAACGAGCCAGUGUAUAUUCAUCAUGGGGGACUGCAAGGACAUUCAUCACCUCCAUGACAACAUCAACGUUCGUGUGGAAUGAAUACACCAAAUAUACAAUUAUCCUUAGUGAAAUGAGUGGCUGUGUGGCGUUGAUGAUAUGGUGAGAACGAUAAAAUUGAGUGUCGUGAAUGAUCGAUUUGAUUUUUUCUUCAAUUCUGGGGAUCUAGUGAUUCUGUAAUCGACAACUGCCCAAUUCCCAAGAAGUGUAUGAAAUAUGCAUUAGUCCCAUGGGCUCGAUGUCGAGGAGAAUGUUAUUGUGAGAUUGCUGAUGUUGCUGAGCAGUAAAUCAUGCAAACAUCGAGCGACAUACCAUAAACGAUCUUACGAUCUUAUUAGAAAGAACUAGAUGGCGACAGCGAAUCUUUAUAUUUUGUCACUGUAAGGACAUCAUGACUCUCACAACAUCAUCUGUUCAUAUGAAUUCAACACGUUAAAUACAAAAUCAUGUUGACAAUGUAAUCAGUGGAUCAACUGGCAUAUUUAUCAUGGAAAGAAACUGAUACAAUUGAUUUUAACAAAUGAUUAUGAAUGAUAAUUUUUGCAAGAAAUGAGUUAUUGACAAUCCGAUUGUGUAGUCCUGAUAUUCCAAUGAUAUGAGAACAUUAAGUGGCAUAAAAUGAACGACUAAAUGAUUCUAGAGAAUAAUAGUGACCGUGAACAUUAAACAAUUUCAGUGUUGUGUGAAUAGAUUUAUGCAAAAACCAAUGAAACAUUUGAGGACUUCAUCAGGAAUAUUCAAAUCAUUUUUCAAAUUGUGAUUAAGAUUCUGAUUGUGAUUGUGGUAGUGAUUAAGUGACGUGAAAAAUGUGUUUGGUGAGUGUAAAUCGUGGAUUUUGUGUUUGUGUUUGUGAAAUGGAGCUUUGCACACGCAUGAUGAUCGACUUCUUCUAGAGACACAGCGGCAUGCAUCACCAAGAGCAACACUGGUUUUUUUUGGAAAUAUGGCACCGACAAUUUGCAUGACUGAUAUACCGAAGGCAGGGACCGAUGCACCUUGCGUGAGAAGGAAAUAUUGGCAGGAGAGAGCUAUCAAUAGGCACUCUAGGUUUGAAUUGAAAGAGAUAUCUGUUAAAAAUGGAAAUUGGGAGGCUAAUUGUCAGGAGUUAUCUUUACCGGAAGCGAGAAUACCUGAGGAGCCUAAAUAUGUACAAUGGAGGAUUCUCGAGAGACGAAGAAAAGAAUUAUUGGACAUUGUCAUUCGAACUCUGGUCCUUGUUCGCCGUAACCACAGACUCCAAAAACGAAUGGAUGCUCUAUGUCUGGAAACACAACAGUUCGUCAGAUCUCAGCUGAGAAACAGACAACUCGAGAGCGAAGUUGGUGAGAUUUCAAAGCAAUCUAGCAUUCAAUCAUCUUCCAUCGACACCAUGGAAGUUGAUAAUACAAGGCAAAGUAAUAAUAAUGAGCCAGAAAUCAAGUCACCAAAUCCAGUGACAUCCGCCUGCAUUUUAUCGAACACCGACAGCGGUGUAUCAUCCGACUGCUCCUUCUAGGAUCUCAAAAUACAAUUCCAUAAUUCAUGGAAUUAACGAAAUAAUGCUUUCCAUGAUUUACAGGGAAGGUACGAUAUUCUCUUCGUACUUAUACCACUUUUCAUAUCACUGCGUACUAGUAAAACUGAUAUACAUUAAUUACGAUUGGAGAUUAUUCUUAUUCUCAACAUCUCCGGAUUGAGAUAGUGAUUAGUUUCUCGUUUGCAACAAGAGAAGAGAAAAAUUAUUUCACUGAUAAUCCUAGGCAUUGCUUAUACGAGCAAUUGAACCAUACGAUGCAUAUUUAUAUGUAGAGAGUAUUAGAAAUAUUUUUUAAAAUAAUGCAUAAUAUUGAGAAUGGCAAAUAGAGACAAUUGUCUCCGAAUCUUUUCCAGAUAUUAUUUUUUAAUGAAUUUAUUUCAAACUCUGGAGUAUUCAGAAGAACAUGUCGUGCCUGAUGACUUAGAGAUUUUCGAUAAUCGCAGUAAUAAUUAGUCCUUUACAAUUUUGAGAAAUAGAUUGAUGAGCCCUAGGUGGGGAGAAUCGUCCAGAAAGGAUUGAAUGAAAACUCAGUUGUAGACAUGUUUCAUCAAAUCCCAUCGGAGAAGCAAUUACAUUUCACAAAGUAAAUAAACCGUCGAAAAUUGCAAAAGUAGAUAGCUAUGCAAGAAUUCUUUCCAGAAUUAUUUAUCGUAUACUCGGAUUUCGUUUAAACUGCUGAUUCAAGUCAAUUUUGAACUAUUUAGAUGAUCCGAUUACGGGUUUAACUAUUACGGAGCCAUUAUAUUACGGUAAAAAAUAUCACGUAAUGAUAUUACUGAAUUAAUAGAGUAAUAGACCAAGACGAAGUUAUUGAUCGAUUAUUCAACAAGAAGAUUCUGUAACUGAAGGUGUUUAUAAUCGAAUAUUCCACAAGAUGCCUCGAAAUAAUUAAUAUACUUCUACAAUUCCUUCUAGGAUAAAAUUUAAAUAAUGAAUAAUUCAACAAUACUGUCAACGAUCAAUAGUUCGCCAAUUUUAAUACCAUUCAUUGAAAAAUUCAGAUAUUGUGAGUAGUGUGGAAAAAAAACAAAUGAAAGCACCAUUCUAGUAAUAUAUAACUUUUUAUUAAAAAAUAUAUCAAUACUAAUCAUACUCUGAAAUAAUUUUCAUUGUUGCAUUAAUUAUCGUAACACUUUGGGGCCAUAUUUUUUACCGUAAUAUUCACACUGAAAACUGCAAUGAAAUUCUUUUAAACUGCUGAUGCAAAUGAACUCUUGGUGUUCGAUGACUCACAAAUUUUCGAUGAUCGCAGUAAAUAAUUCUUCACAAUUUGAGACAUAAAUUGAGAAAGUCUAAGGGGCGUAAAUUGCCGAGAGGAUAUUGAAUGAAAAUUCAAAUGUGAAAACUUUAUAAGAAGUUUCGUGGAAGAGUAAAUUAUAUUUCAUCGAGUGUGUGACGUUUAUUUCCUCCUGGAAUAAACGCCUGGAGAAUUACAUACGAAGAAAAUUCUUUCAGAAACUUCACAUAUUUUUCAUAUCCAUGGCACUGCAAGUCUUUCAAAGUGUUGAAAUAAAUUAUCUCUGGAAUAUUUAGAGAAACAUCACGUGCCUGAUGAUUUCGCAAUUGUUGAUAAUCGCGGUAAUGAUUAGUCCUUUACUUUUAAAUGAAGUGAAUCGUCGAGUUUUUUGACGAACUCAAGUCCAUGAAUUAAUGUCUGACUGUUUAUGGGAUGUUGAUGAACCUUCGGUUGAGUGAAAAAUAGAAAAAAGUCGAUUUCAGUGGAAUAAAAAAUUUAAAACUUGAAAGGAAUAGAGUGGUUCCCCCACUGGACGGUAUUGCCCACUUAGACACAUCGAAUCAUACUCCAGUGCCCUUCAAUCUGUGUGUCUAUCUGUUUUUUCUAAAUAUUUUUUCGGAAACGACUUAAAGAGACGAUUUCCGCGCAGCUAAAGUUUCAUCCGAAACAUCACAAUUUUUGGCUUAAAUAAUGUAGGGUAAUUAGAGUUAGUUAGGCUCUUGGCAUAUCAGUACAUGACGUUUUUGAUAAAAAUCUUACAAUGGUGUUGAAAUUGAUAUCCGAUAAAUGCUACCUGCACGUUAGAAUGAACCGAAUGGUGAGAAUGCAUGGAAGCAAGAGAGAAACAUCACUCGUGCAACAUUUCGGAUACAUUGAAUUUUUUUAUUUUGGGGCUUGGAAAGCGUUUACAAGAACUAUUUCAUGUCGUGCUUAGACACACGUAGAAUAUUAUCAACCAUGUAGAUUGUGAUUUACUCUCUCGAUAAAUGAAGAGAGCACUGGUUCGAGGGUUGCAUGACUAAUCAACUGAUGACAACUCAACACAAAAGAUGAACAAAUGAUGAAUAUUUUUCUCAUUACACUGUGCGCAAAAGGCCCUUUUCCACACAUUGUGAUGAAAAAGACGUUUGAUACCCGGGAGAAAGAUAUUAAUUUUUGCUCGGGGAAUUAUAUUAAGGCCCUUCAACCUGUGCUAUAAUACCCCCCAACGAGUCAAAAACUAUUUUUCUGCAUUCGUAUCGAAACAAAGUAUUUUGCACUAAAUGUGACCUCUGGAUAAUCAAAGCCGCGGCAUUCAAGAUCGUGCAAUGCAAAUUGGUUGGUAUUUGUGCGAUUCCAAUGAGCAACAGCUCAUCAUCAAAUUUACCUCAUUUUUUAAAUGAAAAAAAAAUUUUUUUACGUAAACAAUACGAUUUACAGAAGAAAUUGCCAGACGGAAGUUGUAACUAAAUAAUUUUUUUCCACACAUAAUAAUUCUCAAUUUUCCAAAUCCAAAGUGGUUGUAUACGCAAUAUUUACGAAUCAAUGGGCGUAUUCAAUGAACAAAUGUGUUCCCACAAACACAGUACGGGAAACAAUAGGAAAUUCCGAAUGAAAAUUGUUCACCUAUUUUAACAACCUUUACCUAGACUGCCAGAUAUAAAAGGACGCAGGGUGAACCACAGUUGGAAAUAUUUUCUGUGUUGAGAUGACGGUGUAUUGAAUAGUUAUGAAAACGUUUCGAGUAAAAAAUAAUAAUUAAGGUGAUAGUGUGAAUGAUAUCACGCAAUGUUCAAAGCGUAGAUUAAGUGAUUGGAUGAUUUAUUUAUUUAUUCCAUGAGAUGAUGAGACAGGAAAGGCCUGUCAAGUGAUUGAUAGAUAGAUUUCAUCUAAAGUAUUAUAAUGUAAUCUUAAUAUUGGAACUGUAAAAUAAAUAGUCCAUUAUUUAAAAUA